CGUCACUCCAAUGUGACUCGUGGCUGCUGUGGCAGGUGUGUGAAGAAGGAUAACCAGCGUCAGCAGACAAAUCCCGAAUGAUCUCAGGUGGCGCUCCUCCCCCAACGAUGGAGGAUCUGUUGAAGCACCUUACCUAGGUGAGCAUCUGCCAGCAACAGAUUAUGGAGCACAUGGCCUCCCGACAAGGUGAAACGGAACGAGAGCUUGCCGCCCUCCGCAUGACGGUCGCCCCGCGAACUCCGCUACCUGACCCCCGAGCCCAGGCUACCCAGCUCAUCCCGAAGAUGACGGCGCAUGAUGACGUCGAGACGUUCCUUCAGAUGUUCGAGGCGAUCACCGCCUGGGAGGUGUGGCCAAGGGUGGGCGCGGAUGCACACGCUGUCCAACGCAUAUGCGACCAUUUCCACUGGCCAGGCCUGGAGGCUGAGGUGAAGCGCUUCUGUCAGGCCUGUCCCACCUGUCAACGGACGUCUCCACGUACCCCUCCCCCCAGCCCACUGAUUCCGCUGCCCAUCAUUGAGGUGUCCCUAUACCGCCACGGAAAGGAUUGGCCCUGUCACCUACGUGGUACAGUUGGUCCUCCGCAGAGAGGACCAACUGUACCACAUGAAUAUUCUAAAGCACUGGGUCAGAACCGGGGCCCAGCUUGCAGCCCUCGCUCAGUGACCUCCCGUGGCUGUGGACAUGGACCCCCACCUCUCGGCCUCCCAAAAAUUAGAGCUGCAACACCUGGUCAGUCAGUUCAUGUGUUCUCUCCCCAGCCAGGGCGGACCCAUGUACUCAAGCAAGAUAUCCACACAGCACCCGGAGUGAUCAUCUGGCAGCAGCCCUAUCAUGUUCCGGAGGCUCGGCAACAUGCCAUUGAGGAGGAGGUACAGGAGAUGUUGAGGUUAGGGACCAUCGAACCAUCACGCAGCCCCUGGUCCAUCUCCAUCAUCAUGGUUCCAAAGCCCAAUGGCAUCUUCCACUUUUGCAACGACUUCCGCCGCCUAAACGAGGUCUCGGAGUUUAACGGCUACCCAAUGCCGCGGGUCGAUGAACUCUUGGACCACCUGGGAAGGGCCCGUUACAUUUCGACCCUCUACCUCACCAAGGGCUACUGGCAGGUCCCCCUUAACCGAGCUGGCCAAGCCGAAGAUGGCGUUCUCGACCCCCAGUGGCCACUGGCAAUACCAGGUCCUACCCUUCGGCCUGCAUGGGGCUCCCGCCACCUUCCAGUGGUUAAUUGACAUCCUCUUGUGGCCCCACCAGGCCUACGCGGCCACCUACCUGGACGAUGAGGCUGGGCUC